AUGUCACAAAAUCACUCACCUCCCAGUGGGCACGACUCGCUUUCUGCUACGGCUCGCGCCCGCCACAGGUACCUCAUUCGCCUCUCCAUGUUCCCAUCCAUUUCCGAACUAGAGACGUCCGUACAUCAACCAAGCGCUCUAGCGCCCGAUGUAGCGCAAGCACCAAUAGAUCGGCAUAGUCUGCGCUCGAGGAUAUACUACGGCACACAAGAGCUGCGGCCAAAUGUGCCAGUAAAUCCCCAGCCCACUGCUGAAGAUGUAGCACGCCGAUCAAGGAAAUCUGGAGUUCGGUUUGGUACACACGACACACCCAUAAGCGAUGCAUCAGGAAGACGCCAAUCUAAGAUCGGAGACAUGGAAGACAUCACCUUCGGCCUCGAUGCUGCGCUGACGUCAAGGAGCAACGACGUUGGCCAGUGUGAUGAACAAGCUAUGAACGCCAACGAGACGCAGAACGGGACCACAGAGGGGUCGAAAUUGCCGGACGCGUCACGCACAAGGCCGAAGACCUGGCAUGAUGAAGAACGAGGUUUAGGUGAGAGCUUUGAGAUGGUACAGAAUGAGGACGAAUUGACUGAAGACUUUGAAGAGGUCGACCGAGACAUUCCGACGGCCUUCAAUGGCAAGGUGCCACGUUGA